CGCAUGCGCGUCGCGCGCGCGGCCGCGGGGGAUGCCGGGAGGAGCGCGCCAGCGGGCGGCGGCGGCGGCGGCGGCCACAGCCCCAGCGACAGCAACAGCAACAGCAACAGCCCCGGCGGGGACGCGAGCGCGGCGGUGAGCGCGUGGGAAGUGGCGUCGCUCCUGGGCAAGCUGCUGGGCACCGUCGCCGCGCUGAAGGCCGUCCUGUACCUGCUCCGGCUGUGCCUCGCGAUGGCCUGGAAGUCCGGCGGCGCCAGCCACUCGGAGCUCAUCCACAACCUCCGCAAAAAUGGUAUCAUCAAGACAGAUAAAGUAUUUGAAGUCAUGUUGGCCACCGAUCGCUCCCACUAUGCGAAAUCAAACCCUUACAUGGAUUCUCCACAAUCCAUAGGAUUCCAAGCAACAAUUAGUGCUCCACAUAUGCAUGCGUAUGCACUAGAACUUCUAGUUGAACAAUUGCAUGAAGGAGCUAAAGCUCUUGAUGUCGGAUCUGGAAGUGGAAUCCUUACUGCAUGUUUUGCACGUAUGGUUGGCUCUACUGGAAAAGUCAUAGGAAUCGACCAUAUUAAAGAGUUGGUAGAUGACUCGAUAAAUAACGUCAGAAAGGAUGACCCAGCACUUCUGUCUUCAGGGAGAGUACAUUUGGUUGUGGGGGAUGGAAGACUGGGAUAUGCCGAAGAAGCCCCUUAUGAUGCUAUUCAUGUAGGAGCCGCAGCCCCAGUUGUGCCCCAGGCACUCAUAGACCAGCUAAAGCCUGGCGGAAGGUUGAUCCUGCCCGUGGGCCCCGCUGGCGGGAACCAGAUGUUGGAGCAGUAUGACAAGCUUCAGGAUGGCAGUGUCAAAAUGAAGCCGCUGAUGGGCGUCAUCUACGUGCCUUUGACAGACAAAGAGAAGCAGUGGUCCAGGUGGAAGUGAUUUUCUCUUCUGCUCUUUCUUCCUCCACACACGCAAGGGAUGAACUGUAAAAGCCACAUCAGCUUGACCAGUAUCAAACAUUACAGUGGAUCUUGCUCAUCUCAGUCCUCAGAGCUUUCUGAAAAACAACAGCGUCACAGCUUGUUUUGGACUUUGUCACACUCUUAUUUUCAGCAUGCGAUUGUCUGGUUUUUGUAGAGUAUCUAAUUCUUUAAAGAGGCAAGGGAGCCACAGUGGUGGGAGGAGGCGGAAUAUAGAUUUGCGUAUCCUUUAACAUGCCCACAUUUUACUUUGAAAUGCCAUGAGAAGAUGUGCUCCACCGUGAAAACUUAGGCUUGUGGACUGAUCUUUGAGGACCUGCUUUACCCAGACACUUAGUUGUUCCGGUAAGAACUGAAGUCAGACUCUUCCCAUCACCUUAGCACCACCAUUCACAAGUUCAGAGUCUUGGACUGGGACAUCUGUAGAUGCUACUAAGAAACUAGAGACGAGCUUUCUUUUUAAAGCUUUUGAUGUGGUAUCCAUAGAAUCGCAUGUUGUAGAUACAAUCAGCUUCUUCGUUACCUUCCGGUAGCUCAGCAUUUGUAAAUAUUAAACCUUAAGGUGGCAGGUGGUGUCCCUUAGAACACUGCAGCUGCUUGAAGGGACAUAACUGACAUGGCUCUUCCUCCCCCGCCCCACCCCAAUUAUAAACGAUAGACUCUGUUAGCUGAGUAUUCUUUUUCUCUUCCUGUUUCAACCUGGCUGCUGAUACUGUACCUGACUUUUAACAUGCUGUGUCAGCUGUGUCCUAGUUCCUGAACAGUUUAUGCAGUGCUGCUUUGCCAAAUAAAAUUAAAAACUAUAAAGAGGU